GCAGGAAAAUAACCUUGGGAGAAGAAUCGCUGUGGACUGUUUCUCUCUGGGACCAGGUCACAGCAUUUCUCAGACAGAUUAUAAUUAUUGUUGGAAUGCACGAGUAAAGCAUCUUUUUUAUGGCUGUUAAGCCGUCUUGCCAUUUUUUUGCGCAUUUUAGUGCUUUGAAUAAGAACACACUGGCUCAGGUGUAUUGAUAGUACAAUUAAAAACCAGUGUUAGGAGUUAGAGAGUGCAUUGAUUAAUCUCAUUUAUUGUGUCAGAGCACAAAGCCUUGUCUGAUUCAUCUAGAGCGCCCGCCCAUUGGGCUUUCUGCGGAGCGAUAGUGGGAGAUUGAUUAUAGUCUCCGGGAUUUGCCGUGGAGAAAGCCAGAGCCCGCUAGGACUGAGAUUUGCUCUCUCAUCAACGAAGGGGGAGGAAAAGCAUAGCAAGGACUUAUUCCAGUCUGCCUCCACACCGGCAGCACUCUCUCAGAGCCCCUAUAUGCGUUUAGCCUCUUGUCUUUAGUCAGGUUGUCCAAAUACGCGCAAGUCACGCUGGACUUUCGUCUUUUAUUUCCGAGGGGGCUGCGCGUGUGUAUCGCCUCCGCAGUCUCGGAUGCAUAGUAAACCGGGAGUGGGUUGGGUCGCCCAGGCGCCUGGCAUACGCACAAUUCGUCAGUGAUAAAGAUAGGUGAGGGUGAAAUCGAGGGGAAGUCUUCACCCCAGGCUUUUUUUUUCUUUAAAUCAGGAGGACACCAGAGAGGUGAGUCGGACACUGGAAAAACCGCCGGACUCACCGGCUGUGGAUUUGACGCUGAGGACAAGCACUGGUGGUUUUUGUCAUCCGGGAUUCGUGGAUCUUCUUUACGAUUCAGGACCAGCGGUUAACCACAGUAUCAAACCCGACCAGACACCCCGUCCUCAUCUGAAGGGAAUAUUACAAGUGGAUCUGCGGGGCAACAAACAAUGGCAACCGGUGCGCUCCUUUUUGCCUGUGCACUGCUUGGUGGUGUUGCCGUGGCUCAGAGAGUUGUAACGCUGCAAAGUGGACCCCUUGUACGGACUGAGGGCUCUCACGUGACCAUCUUGUGCAACGUGACGGGCUACAAAGAAGGAAUGGAGCAGGACUUUGAGUGGUCCAUGUACCUGCCAUCAGUAGCAGACCGGGAGAUCCGUAUUAUAAGCACUGCUCAGCUAAACUAUGCCUAUGCUGUGUAUUCCCAGAGGGUCAAUAGUAAAGAGAUCUAUGUGGAGAGGCUGAGCGGGGACUCAGCUAUGCUCCACAUCACCAAAGUGCAGGCCAACGACCAGGGUCUGUUUGAGUGUUACACACCUAACACAGAUGGGCAGUACCUGGGAUCGUACAGCGCACGCACCAACCUCACCGUCAUUGCGGACUCAUUGACAGUAACAGCUCCAGCCCAGACUCUGUCCAAGGUGGAAGGCGACACGCUGCAGCUUACAUGCGAGGUGUCUCGGACUACAUUGCAGCACACUCACUUAUCAGUGGGCUGGUACCUGCGCUCCCCAGAGGACGCGGCAUCACCUCCUCAGGAGCUUGUCACCCUGUCAAGGGACUUCGUCCUGCGCUCCGGGGACCCGUACCGGCAGAGGAUGGCGGCAGGGGACCUCAGGCUGGAUAAAACCAGUGCAACUUCCUACAGGCUGACCAUUCACAAGCUACAGCCAAUGGACCAGGGCCUGCUGUACUGCCAGGCUGCUGAAUGGAUUCAAGACACUGAUGGCAGCUGGUUUGCCAUGACCCGAAAGCAGAGCGACAAGACUCAGCUCCGCAUUCAGCCCACUGAUCGGGACUUCAGCAUCCAGGUGAGCACGGACCGACGGUCCUUCACGGCCGGUGAGCCGCUGGAGCUUCGCUGCACCAUUGAGGCCCAAAACGUCCCAGAGCGCUUCUUCUCGGUGUCGUGGGUCUUCAGCAGCUCACCGGUGGCCGUGGUGGGCCCCAGUGCUGUGCCUGUCCUGGGCCCUGAUUAUGUAGCCCGCGAGGCUGCUGGCCAUAUGACAGUGCGCAAAGAAAGCGCCAACGUGCACUUGCUUAAACUGCAGCACCUACGGCCAGAAGAUACUGGGAAAUAUAUCUGCCGCGUGACAGAACGGGAGAAGACGCCCACGGGAGACUUCAUCGAUCGCAGCAAGAGGUCUCGCAAUGUCCAGAUCACAGUCCAGCCGCUCAAGAGCAACAUCACAGUCUCUCUGUCCAGCAACUCUUCUGACGUCAUAGAAGGCGAUGUGAUCCACUUUUCCUGCUCGGUCUACACCACUACAGGCCCUCUGUCUGUUGUCUGGCAGUGGACAGACAAGCUGGCAACUGGACCGGGCCUGGAGGUGGCCACGAUCGAUCGGGAUGGCACUGUAUGGCACAGCGCCUCCUAUAGAGAGCGCUCCAGCUAUGGGGAGAUACGUGUGGAGAAGGUGCGGGCUGACACAUUCUCUCUGUCCCUGUAUAAUGCCUUACCUGGGGACGAAGGCCAGUACAGCUGCACAGCCACUGAGUGGCUUCAGGCUGGCACUGAACCAGAGCUAACCUGGGGGAAGAUAGGAGAGGGCUCGGCCACCAAGACGGUCACAGUCAAGACUGUUGAGUCUUCCUUCAUGGUGUCAGCCUCAUCGCGGACGCCAUCUGUUACCUUUGGAGACUCCUUUGACCUCCUGUGCCUGGUGAAGCCCCGCCACAACCCUCGUGUCCCCACAUCUGUCACCUGGCGCUUCAUGCCUGCUGGCUCAGAAGCUGGCGACGAGGAUGAUGGAGAGUUCAAAGAUCUGGUGACAUUCACCCGCGAGGGCACUCUGCAGUGGGGAGAGCAGCUGCUGGGGCUUGGUACUCGCACCACAGUGGACCGCUCCCACUCCAACACCAACUUCCGAUUGUCGGUGACCCGGGCAGGGCGUCGCGAGGCGGGCAAGUACCAGUGCAGCGCCGUCCUGUGGAGGAAGAACUACGACAACAGCUGGAGCAAAGUAGCAAACCGCACUUCCAACCUGCUUGGCAUCAGCGUCCUACAGCCAGAGAGCAAGCUGCGAGUGCUAAAGACCAACCAGUCCCAGGUGUACCUGGAGGACAGUCGAGUCAGGAUCAAUUGCUCCGUCAGCUCCCAGACCAGCCAGGAGUCCCAGCAUGCUGUGCUGUGGUAUGUGAGGCGCGCCACCGGGUCAGAAGCCGACGAGCUCCUGCUGAGAAUUGAACGCUCGGGGGCCUUUGAGUAUGGCGCCUACGCAGACGAGGAGAGACUGCGACGCAGAGUACAGGCAGAGAGGCUGUCACCACGUCUCUAUGUGCUGACGAUGAACAGGGCAGAGAACAGCGACUCUGGGACCUACUACUGCCUAGUCGAAGAGUGGCUGAGUGACCCGGAUGGAGCCUGGUACCGACUCUCCCGAGAGUCCUCUGGGUUCACACAGGUUCUGGUCAGACAGCCAGAGAUUCGACUGCAGGUGGAGGAACUGGAAUCAAACGUGACCGUGGAAGAGUCUGCCUCUAUCCGACUGGGCUGUAGCAUUCCCUCACAGUCGUCUCGAGAAUCCCGCUUCUCUGUGUCCUGGUAUGUGGAGCACUCUGAUGACGAGGACAAUGAACCAGGUGAUGAAGAGAGAGAGUGUGUGUUCUCCAUCGGCCAUGAUGCAGUUUUUGGAAAUGGAAACUGCAGCCCCAGAGAGGAGCCAGGUCCAAAUUCCCGCCUGCAGUUUGAGAGGACGACUUCUGACCAGUACAGCCUUACCAUUCAGGGAGCACGGCCAACAGAUGCAGGCCGAUACUACUGCCAUGUGGAGGAGUGGCUGCUCAACCCCCGCAAAGCGUGGUACCGCCUGGCCACCAACAACUCUGGAUUCACUAUCGUCAAUGUAAUACAACAAGUGUCCACCCUCCAGUCAGUGGUUUGCUCCAACUACUCGCUCUUCUACUUCGUCUUCUUUUACCCCUUCCCAAUCUUUGGCAUCCUCCUCAUCGCUGUGCUGCUAGUGCGCUUCAAGAGCCGCAGCAACAGCAAGAGCCAAGAAGGCAAGAACGGCGCCCCUCUCCUGUGGAUUAAAGAACCUCACCUCAGUUACUCUCCCACCUGUCUUGACCCACCUGCACUCAGCCUGCACCCUGGCUCUGUUGACUAAGGGACCACCCCGCCCUGCCUCGCGAACAUCGCGAUCCAGCCGACACAAUGCCAGGGAGCAGAUCUGGACUCCACCUUCAGACCUUACUGUCGUUCACUGCUGUCUUGAAUUAGUCAAUCAGUUGAUCAGUUUAAAAAUCCCUGCCCUGGUGGCUGCCUGUUUUGUGUGUGUGUGUGUGUGUGUGUGUGUGUGUGUGUGUGUGUGUGUGUGUGUGUGUGUGUGUGUGUGUGUGUGUGUGUGUGUGUGUGUGUGUGUGUGUGUGUGUGUGUGUGUGUGUGUGUGUGUGUGUGUGUGUGUGUGUGUGUGUGUGUGUGUGUGUGUGUGUGUGUGUGUGUGUGUGUGUGUGUGUGUGUGUGUGUGUGUGUGUGUGUGUGUGUGUGUGUGUGUGUGUGUGAACUAGAAGCGAUGUUAACACGAUUAAUUGUGCGAGUUCAAGUUGAAGGACAAGAGAGUAUCAUGAGCCUCUCACCUUUUUGUUUUCUGUGAAACUCAUAGCUGCAUUUUGAUUUGUAUUACUCUGAAUAUUUUUUUUUUUUUUUUAAGAAAGAGAAAAAAAACUGCGCACAUGAGAUUGGCCAAUCCGGUAAGAACAUUUUAAGAGAAGGAACUCUAUAAUCGACUCCGGCACUGAGUUGAAGCCAAGAAAGUCUCCACACUGAUCCAAGAGCAGCCACAGCCUGGCCCACUAUGUUGGUUGCCAUAGUGAUUCACUGCGCCCACUGACUCCAUAGCUGAUGACUUGGUUGCCAGCCUGCAUAGAGACAAAGGCAAGGACACACAAGUCAGUGUCCUAACCGAGGAUGUGUGUAUGUGUGUUGGCCCACCUGCCUCCACAAUGAAUUUGCCUUGGCAGACAGAAACAGGUCCUCUUGCUCCACUUAAACACUGCCAGACACUCUGGCCUUAGUGAGAGACGGCUCCGCUCUUCUCCUUUCUCCUCUUCCUCUACGAGAAGAGACAACAAGCGAAGGAGAGGUAGGAACGUCAGAAACGAUGGGGACUAAACGAAUGGCAUUCUACUGAUGAGGAUAUGCUGUAUGUACUUGGACAUGAGGGAUUCUUUUUUUUUUGUGCCAAGACCUUAUUUCCACACUGUUCUCUGCAGCUAAUGUUUGAAGUUUAAAACAGAGUGGGAAGCUGAUUUUUCAAGCAGAUUGUACAUAAUGUCUGCUUAUCUCCUGCUGUGGGUUUAUGGGCCUAGAGGGCAAAAGGGCAAUUCUUAGACUUGUGUUAAAUCAUUUCAGUUGUCCUGCUUACAUCACACAGUGGGGGUUAUUGACUUUAAAUUCUUGCACAUUUCCUUUAAGUUGCCCAGUAUGACCACUCCGUCCAGUCAUUUAAAGAUAUCAUACGUAUUAGUUUUAAGAAGAAAUACUUUUUAUUUGUUAAGAGCCACACUGAAGAUUCAUUAUGUGUAUUAAAACACUUAAAAUGUUAUCUGCACAUCGUAAGAAGAGAAGUUGAUGGGCGAGGGCAAUUGUUUCGAUUUUUUGUUUAUUUUAAAUUUUCUAUUUAUUGUUUUUUACUACUUUGCAUAGCUUUGUAAGAUUUUUCUUUUUUGCUUUGAAAUUCUCUAAGAACUGCUGCUUGUGUUGCCAGGCAACUGCACCAAGCAGAUUAUGUCAAUAGCCUGUGUGUUGGCAAUGUGGUAGAUGUAGAAAUGCUAGAUUUGUCCUGCUCAUCGCAGUCUGUAGCAUUUCAUACCAGAUUGUCAUGUUUGGUCAGUGUCAAAACACUGUAUAUCUAUACCUAUACUGAAAAUGACUGUGGCUUUACGUGAACAAAAGUCACACAGAUGAAUUCACUUAUUGCUUUUUGCUUGAGCCGCGUUUAUUUAGUGAAAUGUAAUGUAACACCUAGGUAGGAUGUUUGAUCAAAGACAGCUGAGGAUGAACAGUGUCUUCUAAUCUUGGAUUCUAGCUGAAGGUGUCAUCCUCAGCUCCCCUGAUGCAGAAGGCAGAAGGGUUGAAAAUCUGUACCACCUUCCCUGGAAAGCAACAGGAGGGAUGUGAAAUCCUCUACCGAACUGGGCCUAACCCUUUCACUGCCAGACCGGAUAUGAAAACUUUUGAAACACUUGACACUGUUGUCUCAAUCAUGUCAACAUGUAUAUUGCAUGACAAUACUGCAGGAGGAAUUUUGAUGUUUUGUAAACUUUGAACUCUUCGAGCAUUGUGUUUGUGUGACAGAGCAGUGCCCCUACUCCCCGUCAUAACCCUCCUUUACCAACUCCCUGAGCCAAGAGUCGACCCAAAGUCCAGUCCCUCAUCAUCUACAACAUUUGACUGCCAAUUCCAGAUGCCCUUUGAAACCUGUGAAGUAAUCUAUUUCAAGAAUGGGUGUUGUGCAGAUUGUGUUUGAUAUUAUUGCUCAUAACUGUCUUUUUAAUGCUUUGCUUUUAUGCAGCACUUCAUUAAACUGAUUUAUGUAAAAAAAAAAAGCCAAAGUACGCAGCCGAUACUGACAUAAGCCACAGAGUUCUGAAGGUUCAAUUUUCUUCACUUUUAUUCAAGGUAACCAGUCAAUUCAAAGUAGACAUUACUAUACCACAUGGAGUAAGAAAAGUAAUGCACAGUGGAUUCAGCUACAGCUAGAUUGAUCUGGGCCCAUUGAUUUGCUCAUUAGCAGUGUUUUUAUGAAGGGUGCAAGGAGUCGGGACUAAAGCAGCACACACUGGGGGGAAAAAAGUAAUACACAUAUUGAAUAUUACAAAUUCCCAUGUAUUUAUUGAGGCAGCAUUUCUACCAUCAGAGUCUCUGUCAGUCAAACAUCCGGAAAAAAACCAAAAUGACAGCUCCAUAUGAAAACACAUGGUGUUAAAAGGAAAUCCCAUAGCCCAAAAUAUUAUCCACUCUAUACAUAAACUUACUUGGCAACUAUGUUGAAGCUAACAAAUAUACUAUGCAGGGUAAAUAUUUAUAUAUACUGUAUAAUACACAAUUUUGACAAAUGUACAAUGACAGAAAUAUGUAGAAAAUUCUGAUUCUGCAUGAAAAAAUAUAUCAUUUUGAUAGUGUUUUGUGAGCUCCUCAUUAGAGGGGGAGAGGUUAUUUCCUCUGUAUAUAUAUCGCCUGUUUUCCUCACUAAUGGGUCUUUACCUAACAAAGACCUUGGUGACCAAAAUGUUGCCUCAUUAAAUUGCAAUAUUCAGUGUGCGGACGACUUCUCUUUUUCCAUUACAAACAGUCUUUAGCCUCCUGUUGUUAUUUGAUAUAAUGGUAGUGUGAUUUAAAGUACACACUGUAUAUCAAAACUGCAGGAAAGCCAUUCUGUGCAUUUUCCGGCCCGAGUAUCAUCGAGGAUAAUUGAUGGAUCCGCUGGAAAGGCCUUGUGUGAUUUGACAGUAAUGGUUGCAUAUCUUAUUGACUUGCAUUUGCAUUGGCGGUAAAAGUAAUGGAGAGCUGAUUUCAGUGUUUCAUAAGCAGAAAAGAAUCUACUGAGCGUAUUUGUUUGCUGAAUGAUUGCCUUUUAUAAAUCUUGAACAUUCCCAGAGAUGCAGGUUGUGUAAAUGGUGCCACUGAACAGCUGCUUCAGCUUCAGUGAAUUAAUCCUUCACUUGAAUCAUGCAAAAUUCAUUUCAUCUUUCUAGACUUGAUUAAGGAAGUCCACGGCAUGAGGGUGUUAUGUCACAGUGCUGCUGCCACCACUGGAGCUGUACAGUCGAAUUGAAAGGUGUUUUUUUGUAGUAAUAAUAUAAAUACCACCCAUAGCUGCCUCCCAAGAUUCCUCCGAACGUUCUGACAGUGUUGUAGCUGCGUUUUGAGGGCUGCAUGUAUUGGCUGUGUGCUGGCUCCAGAUUUAGGUGUAAGAUAGUUUGUGGUGAUGUUUUCAGUUCAGCCAGUAAUGCGUUAUUUUCAGUGAUGUAUUUUUAUAUGACCAUGUUUUUUUUCAUUUGUUAUUCUAUCCAAUAGUUGCCAUUGUGACCAUUUAAAAAGCCACUUUGCUAUUGUCAGUUUAUUGCAAUAAAAUACAUUCAGUGCAC